AUGGGCGUGGACGACAUGGAACCAGGACCAACAGCAACCGAAACCGAUGCAACAGCGGAGGAUACCACCCCGCAAUCUCAGUCACCCGAACUCUCGACCUCUCCAUUCCUCUUCCUUCCUUACGAGAUGAUGCUAGGGAUCGCAGGUUAUCUACACGACUCCACACCCGGACAAGAUUCCAAAGCCCUCAAUUCCCUAUCACAAACCUGUCAUCAUUUACGACAAGUUUUCUAUCCACUCGCCAAUCGUCACCUCUGGUAUGACGAAGAAACACAGUUUCCUGAUACGUUAUUAAAACUCGUUCUUUAUACAUUGACGGAGCCAUUGGUCCAACAUGUUAGAUCCGCUACGUUUCGAUUUCAGAAAGAAACAUCGUUCUGGUUCAGAGAUGAGUAUGAUGAAUUUAUCGAGGAAGGGCUUGCUAAGUUGAAGUUAUAUCUGGCACAAAGAGCAGAAUAUGACGAGGACGAAGUUUUUAAGUAUUUGGAGUCGAAGGUUGAUGAGUAUGGGACGUAUAUCUUACCGACUGUCAUACUUUUUCAAUUGAAGGACUUGGAGGAAAUCGAAUUAGCACCUUCUAUUCACGCCAUGAGUUCGAAAUUCAUGCUCACGACAUUACACUAUUUUGAACCACCGUUCCAACUAAACCGACUAGGAAUGGUUAGAUUGACUGAUUUGGCUCCAGUCGAUUACUGGCUGUUGGAAAGAUUCCUUCGACUCGGACCACUCCCAACUCUUGGAAUUGACUAUAGAUUCGGAAGUACAAGGGGUCGUCCAAAGAUCAGACCGAUUGAAGAGUUCUGUGAGGAUGCAGAAGAAACAUGGGAACCACAUCUCGAGUCCGAAUCAGAAGAUGAUAUCUCCGUUUGGUCUUUAAACUCAGAAGAAAAAGUUAUGUCUAUAUGGGGGCUACCUCAACGUGGAAAUGGUCAAGGGAACGCCUCGGUUAGAACUGUUGAACAAGAUAUUAACGAAUAUCACCAAGGAUAUCAAUCAGCCGGUUGGCAAGAAGCUUGGUAUCCAACUGAAAUCAGCUAUGAGCUACCUGGAAACGAUGCAUCACCAGAUACCGAUAAAUUCCAAGUCCAAGAUCUACGUCUCUGGAUGGACGAAAUACCAUCAAUCUACGAAAAACUUAUUCCAUUACUCCACAAAAUCACUGGUCUCCGUCGCUUCGAUCUAAACCUAUUUGCGAUGUGGGGUUCUCCUGCAUUGGGGCCGGUAGCUGCACCUAGCGCACGAGAUUUCAAAUGCAUUAUGAAACUCUUGGAAAAUCAUCAGGAUACCCUAGAAUCCCUCACCAUCCGAAUUGCACCACUCGCGAUCCCUCGCUCAAUAAUGGAACCACUCCUAGGGUUCAGUCGUCUUCGCAAGGUUCACAUGUUUUGUACAACAGCCAUGAUCCACGCAUUCCAAACUGACGUUGAAGAUGAAUGCUUUUUCAGCUUCAUGUUCCCCCCAAGCCUAGAAAUGUUAAGAAUGGACUUCUGUUCUUCUGAAAAACUCAUAGAAAAGGCUAUGGAUAUUUGGACCGCGGAUUUCCCAAGAUUGAAGGUUGUACUCGGCAUUUUCAGGGAAGAAUCCGUACAUAGGGAAAUGCGCAGACAGAUACAAAAACUAUGGGACUCGAUGUCAUAUCAACAGGACUCAAAUUCAGGAUCAUGGGAGGAGGUCGAACCAACAGAACCAUCGGAAGCAGAAACGGCUCAAGAUACCAACCCAACUCCUCCCGCCCGCUAUCAGUGGCGUCGAAGAAGUAAUUACCACGCCCCUGUCCAACUCAUAAUCAUUCUGGAGGGCCAAAGGAACGUCUGGUGUUCUCAAGAAGGCUGGUACGGUCCAUUUCAAGAGCACCCACUGUGUGACCAACCAUGGGAUAUCAAUGCUUUCAAUGCGAUUGAACCAUGGGCCCACGACUCGGAAGCAGAUGAGAAUGAUUAUAGUAGGUUAGAUCCAAAUGCUGAUCUAUGGAUUGGGACGCCGUUGAGCGAUAUUGCGGAGAUGAGGCUUUGA